AAGAAAUAAGAUUUCAGAAUAUUUGUAUAACAUAUAUUAUUAUAAACAGACAAACAGACGACAACUAAUUAAUUAAUUAGAGAUAAUUCAAAACUAGGAUUUUUUGAAUAUUAAAAAUACUAAUUAAAUACAAAAAAGGAUUUAUUGAUGGGAAAUUAUCUCUCUUUUUUGCAAAUUAAAAAAGAAAAAACAACUGAAAUGCCUUUUAAGAAUAAGCAGGUUGAAGAAAUAGCUAAGAAAUUCUUGCUGUCGCCUUAGGACAUGAUAUUUUUUCAUUCAGUUUUCAGAAAAAUGGAUAAGUUAGGUAAUGGUUACAUUUCUGAAGAUAAUAUGUUUGAGUUUGUAUAAGAAGAGAAAACUAGUGUUUUGUCACCUUAUAUCACCAAACUUUUCUAGCUUAUCGAAAAAGAAAUACCAGAUAGAGUUUGUUUUAUAGAAUGGGUGCCUGCAAUAUGCGCAUUUUGCCUUUUUACUCAUGAACAAAUUAUCAAAUUUGUCUUUUGUAUGAUUGAUGAUGAUCAUGAUGAAGUAAUUUCUAAAAAAGACAUUAUAAAAUUUCUAGUCAAAGAAAGGUAUGGAGAAAAAGUAUUUCCUUUUAACUAAGUUAGAGCAAUUGAACUUCUUGAUGUUGAUAGGGCUGAUAGAAUAAAAUUCGAAUAAUUUAAAAGAAUAGAGCAAUAAAUUCCUUUCCUAUGCUAUCCAGCUUUUCGUUUAUAAUAAAUUUUCAAAGAAUAGAUCAAAGGGAAUACAUUUUGGAAGAAGGUAUUUCAGGCUAUCUUGUAAUAAGAACAAGAAAGGGAAAAAUAAAAGCAGUAAGAAAUCAUAGAUGAACAAGUGAAUAAAAAGAAAAAAAUAGAGCUUGCUAAAAAAGAAUAAAACUUUUAAUAACAGUUUUAGAAUAAAAAAAUAGAUUAAAAUAUUUUCAAGCCUAAUUUUUUAUAAAAUACCAGAAUCAGUUUAUUAGAAAGGACCUAUAAAUAUCCAAAGAGUAAUUCUGUAUAAAGAAUUUAAACAACUCAAAACUAAGACCUUAUUCUUAUUGAUUACAAAAGCGUGAUCAAUCAAAGAAGAAUGUCAGAUGGUAUGGUUGAUUCUGUUUUCCUCCCAUUAAAAUCUAUGAAUAGGCAGGUAAGAGAAGAAUCUAUGUACUAUGGUGAUGAAAUGAAGAAGCUUGAAUUUCCAACACUCGAUAUGCCUCAGCUAAAAAGAGUAAACUCAUAGCUUUAUAUAAAAUAACCAUUUACAAACAACCCAUACACAUUUGAUAAAAUUGAUGAAUAAAAUAUGAUUAAUCCUAAAUCUGUAGAUGGUAAAAAACAAAGAUUUCCAAUAUAAUCUCUUCAGCCUAAUUCUCCAAAAAAUUAAGAUAUGAUUAGUCCUAGAAUAGAUAAUUCUAAUUUAUAAAGCUAUUCAAAAUAAUUAUAAUAAGGUAUAUAAUAGUAAAUUAAAAAAAGAAAUAAUAUACCAAGGUCUUUAAAAAAUCCUUAAAAUGUAGAGCCUAAUUUUAAAAAAUAAAUUUUAAAUUUCAACAUGAAUUCAAACUUUCUCACUCCAAAUCAAUAAGAUAGAUAUUAAAAUUCUGUUAGUUAGGCUAAAUCAAAAUGA